AUGGGGAUCAUUUCAUCUACGGAUCCGAAAACGGAGAAUUCCGACUCCCAAGCUCAAAGCAACGAAGCCUCGUCGGAGAAACUUGGAGAUUCGUCAACUGUGUGGCGAGAUCCAGUAGAUUCCGAAUCCCCAAACGAAGAAGAAUCGGAUCAAGCAAAGGAAGGAGACGCAGAGGAGGAAGAGGAAGGAGAGUGCGGGUUUUGCUUGUUCAUGAAAGGUGGAGGUUGCAAAGACUCGUUCACUGCCUGGGAAGUUUGCGUGGAGGAAGCUGAGAAGAACAAGGAAGAUAUCGUCACCAAGUGUAUGGAGGUCACUUCGACGCUGAAGAAGUGCAUGGACGCCCACUCCGAUUACUACCAGCCGAUUCUCGCGGCGGAGAAAGCUGCUGAGGAACAGGUGAAGAAGGAGCUCGAAGCCGAGAAGAAGAUCUAUGAAGAAGAGGAGGUCUCUGAAGAGGAAGUUGCUGCGAGGAAGCAAGCCGAGGGAUGA